AUGACGCCUACCUUUAUCUUGGGCUUUAUCGGAGCCGCGGUGGUCCUACAGAUCAUUCGUUUUGCUGUCAACUCAUGGCAACAUGCUCGCAGAGCUCGAGCUCUGGGCUGUGGUCCCGCGCCUCGCUUGCCCUGCAAAGACCCGAUCGGAAUCUCAACCCUCAAAGAAUCCAUGGCAGCCGACAAGACGAAGACUAUUCCCCAGCUGUCCACUCGCCGCUGCCAAAUGAUGAGCGAACGGGAAAACCGCUUUGUCUCGACCUUCAUCAUGCGCAACCUUGGACAAGACGUGACAUUCACUAUCGACCCCAAGAACGUUCAAGCUGUACUUGCAACUCAAUUCAAGGACUUUGAGCUUGGUCCCCCCCGUCGCCGAAACCUGCACCCCCUCCUCGGAACUGGAAUUUUCACGGCCGAUGGCCAGGAAUGGAACCACUCGCGCGGCCUUCUCCGUCCUCAGUUCACCCGUGAUCAAAUCAGCCAGCUGGAAUUAGAAGAGACACACGUACAGAAAGCGAUGCAGGCCCUGCCGGUCGCCGCCAACAAGUGGACCGCGGCUACCGACAUCCAGACCAUUUUCUUCCGCCUGACCAUGGAUUCCGCGACUGAAUUCCUGUUCGGAGAGAGUGUGGAAAGCCAGCUCCUGGCCCUUCAGGGCCUUGAGCGUCCCGAUGAUAACUUCGCCGCAUACUUUGACAAGUCCCAGUGGGUGUGUACCCAGCGUGCUCGGUUCGAGAGACUCUCCUUCCUCGCCGAGACCAAGGAAGCCCGACACUCUGAUAAGCAGGUCCACGCAUUCGUGGACAAGAUCGUCGAAGCCGCACUGAAGAACACCGAAAACGAGAAGAAGGUCCCUGACGAGGAGAAAGCCCAAUACGUCUUCCUCGAUGCCCUCGCUGCCACCACCCGUGACCCCAUCGAGCUGCGCUCGCAGCUCCUCAACAUCCUCCUCGCUGGUCGUGACACCACCGCUUCCCUCCUCAGCUGGACCGUUCUAUCCCUUGCGCGCAACCCUGAGAUCUUCCGCAAGCUCCGCGAGACCAUCAUCGAGACCUUUGGAACCUACAACAACCCGCAGAACAUGACCUUCGCCGCCCUCAAAUCCUGCCAGUACCUGCAGUACUGCAUGAACGAGUCUCUUCGUCUCUACCCCGUCGUCCCCUUCAACCGUCGCUCCGCAACUCGUGACACCACCAUCCCUCGUGGCGGUGGUCCAGAUGGCGAGUCCCCCGUCUAUAUUCGCAAGGGCGAGUCUGUCGCGUACAGCACUUUCGUUAUGCAGCGCCGUAAGGAUAUCUGGGGCCCCGACGCGGAGGAGUUCAAGCCCGAGCGCUUUGCCAGCCGCAAGGCAGGCUGGGAGUACCUACCUUUCAACGGUGGUCCACGUAUCUGCAUCGGUCAGCAGUUCGCUCUCACCGAGGCUGGAUAUGUGCUCGUUCGUCUGCUGCAGCGCUUUGAUCAGAUCGAGGAUGUCAAUUCCGAUCAGCCGAUUCGCUAUGGCUUGACUUUGACUAUGUGUCCUGCUGAUCUGUUGACUGUUCGCAUGCACGAGGCUGACGAUGUCUAA